GUCGAAUAUUCGCACAUCUCUAUCCAGCUCUACUCCCUGAACUGGAGCGCAUAAUUUUCUCCCCUCCUUCCCAACAGUUAUCCAAGGAUACCUAGCCACGAUCACUUUUGACCUUCAAACUAGUCCACUAAACAAAAGCCUAUUGCCUCAUUCAAUAACCGCAUUCAUCCGAAUAUCCUACUGCUCUCCUGACCGCCUGUGCACCGUUCCGGGGGAGCGCACAUAUUGCAGGCAGUGGGAAACAGAUACAUCCCUCGAUAGCGCAGCAUAUGUUCUCAUGCGUCUGAAGGUAGAAGCUGGCGAUGCGGUUUCCCUCGGCUUGAUUUGGAGCCUUUUGCUGCGGGGUGUUUGACAUUGCACCCAUACAUUUGGGGGUGAUCCGCUAGUGACUACGACGAUGGCGGAGAAGGCAGUCAAUACAGCGUCCAGCGCCUUGACAGCCGAAGGAUUGACUCCACCGUCAGUUGCGGAGAAGAGACCCCAAAGCAACAGCCAUGGCUCCCCAGCCCGUGUUGUACUUCAUCCAGGGAGCCCAGCUGUGAAAAACAACGAGGUGCUGAGCCCAGCCUUGGUCAUAGAGAAGAAGCCCCAGCUCAAUGGGCUCCCCUCCCCUUUACGUCUGCCAGGCAACAACACUAACAAUCAUGCAGGUAAACAGUAUGUGGAAGGCUAUCUGAGGACAGAUGACAGGAUGCGUUUAGCCAAAGAGAGACGUGAGGAAAGAGAUAAAGGUUUAGCGGUGCGAGAGCAGGCGAUCAUGGAGAAGGAGCGGCGGGCUCAGCUGCAGUAUGAGCGUACCGUGGAGGAGCGCUGGAGGAAGCUGGAGGAACAGAGACAGAAGGAGGAGCUCCGCAGAGCUGCUGUGGAUGAGAAGAGGAGACAGAGGCUGGAGGAGGAAAAGGUCACUCACCACUUAGCCACUACAUCUUCCAGUGACUGUGAGAAUGCCCCUCUCCCCGCCUCCACCUUUCCCCAUGAACUCGCCGCCCCCUUUCCUGCUGCCAGCGAAUCCGCUCCCUGCAGCCCCCACAGGUCACCCUAUCGGGGCUCACCAAGCCGGGCUAAUCGACGGAGGCUCCAGGGCUCUCCAGAGGAGUCAGCAGGGGGGUCUAUCUCCACCCCUCAAACCCCCAAGAAGGAGAGGUUGCGCAGAGAGAGAAGGACUGGCUCCCCGGCGACAGGCUCCCCUGUGAGAAGAGCAGAAUCCCCAGCCAUGUUCACCAGACGCUCAGCCUCCCCCGCCACCCCCAAGUUGCUGAGCUGUACCCAGUCUCCCUGCACUGUGCGCCAGUACCACUCUUCUCCCAUCAGGCACAGACCCACCACCCCGGUUACCAACGGCAACAAGAAGGAGGACGGACAAGUUGAAGAAGCCAAAGGGCACAACAACAUCAGUGACAGAAAUGUCUCCAAGCCAGAGACCCCUGUGAAAAAGAUGUCUGAUAUUCAGAGCCCUGAGAAGUCUUCUCAAGCCGACACCGCUGAAAAAAAACUGUCCAACACCGAGACCCCAGAAAAGAGAUUCCCAAAAACUGAGACCCCCAGUAAUAACUUAAAAGGUGAGAUUUCUGAAAAGAAGGACAACCCUGAUAAGAAGAGUCCUAUGGCUGAGACUACUGAUAGGAAAGCAUCCAAAAUAGACCCUCCAGACAAGAAGAUGCCAAAGUCCACCUGCAGCGACCUGAAUGCAGAUAAGAGCACAGAGCCAUCGUCAGUGACGCCAACAGGAAAAGGAAUUGCUGGAACGACAAGCGCAGAGGAAGCAUCUAGACUGCUAGCGGAGCGUAGGCGUCUGGCCAGGGUGCAGAAGGAGCUGGAGGAGAAACAACAUCGUGAGCAGGAGGAGGAUGAGCGUCUGAAGGCGGAGCAGCUGAGGAGGAGAAAGGCAGAGGAGCGGGCACGGCAGGAGGAGGAGAAGAGCAGACAGGAGGACCUCCGCAGGAGGAGAGCGGAAGAGGAGAAACGGCAGAGGGAGGUCCGGGAGAAGGAGCUACAGGUCCAGAUGGACAGAGAGAAGGAAGAGGGCGAGUUUCAGGCUCAGAAGGAUGCAGAGCGUCAGCAUCAGGAGAGAGAGAUACUGAAGCUGCAAGAGGAGGAGGAGAGACAGCUGAGGAAGAAGAGAAUUGAGGAGAUAAUGAAGAGAACCAGGAAGAGUGAUGAGAACCAGGAAGAGAUGAAGAAGGAGGAGGCCGAGUUACAGGCACAGAAGGAUGCGGAGCAUCAGCGUCAGGAGAGAGAGAUACUGAAGCUACAACAAGAAGAGGAGAGACAUCUGCGGAAGAAGAGAAUUGAGGAGAUAAUGAAGAGAACCAGGAAGAGUGAUGAGAACCAGGCUGAGAUGAAGCAGAAUGAGGAAGGGCAGGUGGAUACUCUGCCUCAGCCUGUCUCACCACCAGGGGAAAUGCAAAUGAACUCAAAGAUGAAGAUUGAAACUAAUGCUCAGGUGAAUGUGCAAGAAAACCCAAAGGUUGAGUCUCAGGUUAAUGAACAGGUCACUAUCCAUGUCAACAAGCAGGACAGUGCCAUGGUGAAGGGACAAGCCACCUACCAGGUAACCCCACUGAAGAAUGAUCUGCAAAAGGGACAGCACGCUAAACAAAUAAAUAAACAACAGACAGCCCAAGUGAAUGGACAGGGUGCAGCCCAGGUUCUCAAGCAAGAGAGUGUCUUUGUGAAGGGACGGGUCGCUUCCAAAGUGAACCAGCAAGAGAGUGCACAGGUGAAUGCAAAGACCAUUGACCAAAUUAAUCAUCUGGAUAAUACAAAGAGACCCGAUGCUCCCCAAGCGGGAAAACAGGAGAGUGUCCAAGUGAAUGUACAGGUGAAGAAACCGGAGGAAACCCAGGUGAGCAGCCAAGCCACUGCUCAGCUCAAAAUCCAGAAGAGUACCCAAGUAAACGUGAAGUUGACCACACAGACAAUCGGACAAGAGGUGCAGCCCAAGAAACCGUCCAUGGCGUCCCUACCGGUGGGCCGACCCCCACCUCCACUCAUCAACCUGGAGCCAUUGGUUGUGAAAAGCAGCGGGGUGUAUGACGAGGUGCAGUCCAUGGAGGUCAGCCCAGUUUCCAAGGAGGAGCUCGUCUCCAUCCCAGAGUACUCCCCAGUCAAUGAGGUCCAGCACAACGGCAUGAGUAAUGCCCGAGCCCUGGAAGAUCUGCUGGACCUGACGGGCCAUGUGGCCUACCCCAAACUCUCCCCCAUUGGAAGCCUAGGAGACUGCAACAAGAACCUGAUUGAGGGGCUCUGUAGCCCCGGUGCCGAUUCCAAGCUCAUCCAAUCUCAUCCUCCACCCUCACACAAGUUCAACUACCAGUAGUCCGGUACAUAAAAAUUAAUAGCCCUGGACUGGCAAGCCAUGAUGGAGAGAGCAGAGGGAAUGCAUCUAUGUUGUCUGGUGUUAUUGAGGAUGGAAAUCUCUGCACCUCUUGAGAUGAGAGAGAAAGGCACUCUGAAUUUAGUUUUUGAUCCUCCUUGUUGGUCUCCAACCUUGAAUGUCCAUUAACCUUCAACCUCCUACAAUGCAUCUGUCUUUAUAGCCUUGGACCACGGAGCAUAAGUGACAAUAAUAUUCAUAGAUUUACUGUACUUGUCAGAUAAUACCUUGAUGAUAGUCAUAGCUAUCUGUGUCAUGUCAUGUAUUGCAUAGAGCCGUUGUUAGUGUCUGAAACGUGUGUGUGUGUGUAGGACUGUCUCAAUGAAACAAAGUGCCCAUGAAGCAAUUUACUUUUGACUAUCUGUCAUGAUAUAUAGCAGUUAGCUAAGAAAGUUCAAUCUAAUUUAAAAACAAAAGCUCUUAUUCUGUAGUUGAGUAGAAACACAGACUGGUGAUUGCCUCUCUUCUCCUUAAAUAAUUGUUAUAGUGAAAGACCCCACAUACCCAUGUAGAGAAUCAUAUCAGUAAGUUGCCUUUGCUACUGCAGUAUUGUUCCUCUUACGACAGAAGUAUUGUUCCUUUAAUGAUUGAAAGAUUAAUGUUGGUCUGUAUCCACCCACUGUAGUUUAGUAUGUACUGAUCUUUCAAUUAGAUUGUUCCACUGAAAAGUCCAGUUUUGUCUGGCUGUGGAUGCCUCAGGCUAGCUUGUAUCUCCCUGGACAUAAUUCACUCCCAAGAGACUCAAGCUUGUUGUCACAAUGUAUGUAUCCAACCUGCUGUGCGAUUGGGAUUGUAGCAUGUGUGCCAUAAUACUUGAACCCAGGUCAAACAGUAGGCCCUACUGCAACUCAAAAGUCAACAUAAAGAAGCUGUACAGAAACAUUCCUCAGUAUAAUCCAGAUUGUCACUAACCCAUGCAUUGCAGGUUUUGUUCUCUCUUUCCUCCUCGAUCAACAAAGUACGGAGCUGUGCCUGAUCCCUCAAAAGUCUGAAACCAGUGAGCUGGUAUCAUUUGAAUGUUAAAUGGCUUGCAAGAUGGAAUCCAGUUGGCUGUGUUGUCAAAAUUAAGUAAUUUUGGUGUGUAUAUGCACAGAUGUGAGUGGUCAGUCACUGGUUCCACUUUGACUGUAUUGUGUUUUGAGAAAUAAUGCACCAAAAGAUGGCAAGAUUUUUACUUGAAGACUAAGCAACCAGGGAUGUAGAAAAUCAGUUUUAAAGAGAAAAAAUGUUAUUAACAGUUCAAACCUACUGUGUCUGCCGUAUCUCUAACUAAAGCAGCAUUGCAAGGAAUAAAAAAAUGUGACUAUUGUAGACAUUGUGCAUGGGUCAUUAGCAUGAUAUGAUAAAUAUCAGUACUAUUAAUAAACCUUAAAACAAUAA